UAACUUCUGUAGGAUAAACAAGUUCUGGAUUCAUUGGUCUUUUUUCUUUGGUUAACAAAACCUGUUUUUGCGCAACAUUUUGAAACAGCAAAUCAACCUGGGAUAAAUUUUAUUGGAUUUGACCAUGCCACCAGCUACUGAGAAGGAGCCUGUAACUGCUAUAUCUUACAAUGGCGUGUCGCAUCCGGUUUUUAUUUCUUCAGUCGACGUUAUUCGAGAGCCCAAACCUUCAGCUCCAGUCCUAUCGGCGAAUAUAUCUGAUAUACACACGCCGCACGAGGAAAGGGGGCAUUGGGGAAACAAAGCCGAGUUUAUCCUGUCUUGUAUUGGACUUUCAGUUGGCAUUGGAAACGUGUGGCGUUUUCCUUACUUAGCCUAUCAAAAUGGAGGAGGUGCUUUUCUCCUUCCGUAUAUUCUUCUUCUGGUGGUGGUUGGUAAGCCUAUGUACUACAUGGAGGUAGCGCUAGGGCAGUUUUCUAGCCUUGGACCCUUGUCCGUCUGGAGGUGUUUUCCAUUGGCAAAAGGUAUUGGAGCUGCCAUGGUCGUGAUAUCUAUUUUGGUCGCCAUCUACUACAAUGUUAUAAUGGGGUAUUGUCUUUAUUAUAUGGGGCAGUCCUUUCGUUCUGAAGUCCCGUGGAGCGGCUGCCAUGAAUGGUGGGGUGCAGAUAACACUACCUGCUACGUUAGAGACCGAGUGGACCGUUGCCCAGUUGCCCUAGACAAACUAGCGAGAGAAUAUUCGGCCAUGUACAACACAUCUACAUUAACAACCAUGUUCGACAAUCUUGUAAACGUCACAUUGUCUGACAAGACGGCUACCACUCUCGUGCCACGAGAACAGUUUGAUACCACGUUACAGAAUUGUACAAAUGCAACUAAGACUGCUUCUGAACAAUUCUGGGAGCGAUAUGUUCUCGACAUGUCAGACGGAAUAGAAGAUAUUGGAACAAUUAAAUGGGACUUAGCUGUAUGUUUGUUGGUGUCUUGGUUCAUCGUAUUUCUGUGUUUGAUGAAAGGAGUAAAAUCAUCAGGAAAGGUUGUUUAUUUUACUGCUACCUUUCCCUAUGUAAUUCUCAUAAUUCUACUAAUUCGUGGAUUGAUGCUAGAGGGCGCUGUUACUGGUCUUCGUUAUUUCUUUAUUCCUGAAUGGAAUAAAUUGUUGGAUAUAACGGUGUGGAGAGCGGCAGCAGAACAGUUAUUUUUCUCUCUAAGCGUAUCUUGGGGAGGCCUAAUCAUGUUCGGGAGCUACAACAAAUUCUAUAACAAAGUUCACAGAGACGCCUUGUUUGUGAGUUCAUUAGAUUUCAUUACCAGUUUGAUCGCUGGAAUUGUAAUAUUUUCCGUCCUGGGCAACAUGUCAGAUAAACUUGGGAUCGAUAUCAAGGAUGUAGUUCAAGGAGGACAAGGCUUAGCUUUUGUAGUUUAUCCAGAAGCCUUGAGUCAUCUCCCUCUACCACAAAUAUGGUCGGUCCUCUUUUUCUUCAUGCUUUACCUGUUAGGUUUAGACAGUGAGUUUGCUCUAUUAGAAGUUUUCUUGACAGCUAUCUAUGACGAAUUUCCAAAACUGCGAAACAAAAAGGUGCUACUUACAUUCGUGUGUUGCAGUGCCUGCUUCCUCCUCGGUCUUCCAUGUGUUACUCAGGGUGGCCAAUACGUAUUGAACUUGAUGGACACAUACGGUGGAGGAUUUGCUGUAUCAUUCAUAGCUAUCUGUGAACUCCUGGCUCUGAUGUGGGGAUAUGGACUCAGACGAUUUUGUUAUGACCUCCAAUUCAUGUUACAUAUUAGACCUAAUAUCUUCUGGAAGGCCUGCUGGCUUGUCAUAGCUCCUUUGGUUUUAGCUUUCAUAUUUGUAUACAGUUUGUCUCAACACAAAACGAUCAAGUAUGGGGAAUACUACCAGUACCCGCAAUGGGCUGAUGGGAUCGGGUGGAUCUUUGCUCUAAUUUCUAUGAUUCAGAUCCCCGUAUGGGGAAUCGCCAUACUGCUGUGGAAUAUAAGGAAUGUCAAGAAAGUUUUCAAUCCAGACGCCAGGUGGGGCCCUAGUGACCCAGAAAUAAGACAACAGUAUUUUCAGAAGAAAGAUAAUGGAUUUGUAAUGUCUCAAAUAGACACCAAGGGGCUUGACAAUCUCGGUCUUGAAGCUGGCAUCUAAUGUUUCUUGAUACAUUGUGCUUAUAUAUGAUGUAUUGUUGGUUUUGUUAUUGUGCAAAUCCUAUAACACUCUGUCCACCAGAUGGAAUCUAACUGUAGCAUUGUAAGUUUGUAAACUUAUCGCUGAUCUAUAACACUGUUCACCACAUGGAAUCUAACUGUAGUGUUGUAAGUUUGUAAACUUCUCGCUGAUCUAGUGGGAGACGAUUAUAUAAUGUAUAAUGAAAUACCCCAAGGUGUUAACAGGAGUAUCACCACUUGUAUGUCAUACAAUAUUCGUUGUAUAUAACUGUAGUUUGUCUAAUCGGUCAAAUAUACUUAAGGACAUAUAAUAUUAUCCCACACAUUGUGAUAUUUAACUUAUAUAAUAGAGGUAUGAAACACUGAUAACAAUUUAGAUCAUCAUUGGGAUUUUGUAAAAUAUUCUUUAAAAAUGAUAAAGUUUGGUUAAAGCGAUGUAAGCAGAUAUAAUCAGGAAAGUGUGUAAAAUAUUCUUGUAUAAACGUGUAAUUGUAUUUAAAUGUUUUUAUUAUUGUGUGACAUCAAAUAUUGAGAGUUUUAGAACUUUAAUAAUAUAAAUAUUUGUUUUCUUUGUGUGUGUCUAUGUUUACAACAUGGUGGGGGACAUUCAAAUCAUUAAAAACCUAAGUAUGUAAUCUGCUUUGUCCUCAUCUUUUACAUUUUACCAUAAUCUAUGGAGUGAAAACAAUUUCCAGUCAAAGGAUAUUAAUCGGGAAGUAGUAUCUUGAAUAAAAAUAGUUUACUAGAUAAACAUUUAAACUUAUGUUACAAAAAGAUAGGUGUCCUUCUUUUGAUUUCAUCAACGGGACAAAUUUUUGUAAAGAAGUAUUUACUCUAGAAUAAUUUAUAUCGUGAAAAUUAGUUCUAUCAUUAUUUCAUCAGACAGACAGAACCAAAACAAAAAAAAAAUCAUAACUUACGUAAAGUGGUAGAUUUAAUACAUUUUGACGUUGUUUUAACAUCACUUUCUCUACUAUACUGUUAACAACUAAUUUCCUGUAUUAUAAUCAAGUAAAACAUAUUCUGAUGUGUAACGUAUCAGAUUUUUUUAUUUUUGUAAAUACAUAUUUCUGAAUAAAAAAGCAUUAAUCAGUUCUUAAAAUAA